AUGCAGUCAAACCAAAUGUUAGAUGCUCAACUAAUAAAUUUGAGAAGAAAUGGAAAGGAAAAUGUGACCCACAAAUGUGCAAUUGAAGAAGGGCAUCUCAAACAGCUAAAAACUAGUGGCGUUUUCUCUCUUUCUUACCCGCUUUCUCUUCUUUCUCUUCUCAUUUGGUUCCAUACUGUCCUUUUCUUCUGCCAAAGAGGCCGUGAAGGACAAAGAGCUCUCACCACCAAAAGCUUCAAGUUUGCAACCGAUGCAGCAGGGCGUAAAUUUGUAACCAUGGCCCAUGAUGAAGCUUCAAAAAACCAUCCAGGUGAUGUCCAUGACUCUUCCAGUAACAAGAAAGAAGCUACGAUGUACGAAUCAGGCGAAAGCAACCAUGGCUAUAAAGCGCUUAAGCUCUAUCUUGAAAAGAUCAACCUGAAGUGCAAUGCGUUUUUCCAGUAUCCGAAGUCAAAUCUCAGACCUGAAGACAACGUGUGGUUCGAGUAUAGGCCCUUGGGCGUUAACAACCUCGCCAACAUGAUGAACAAAAUCAGCGAAGUGGCAGGGCUCUCAACCACAUACACAAACCACAGCAUCAGAGCGACGGCCAUAACCCUCUGGUCUAGUGCUGGUGUCCCUAAUUGA